CCUCAUUUGCUUCUCGUCUUAAAGUUGUCAAAGAUUGGCUUUUGACCUAGCCCUGCAAAAGGCGGACGAAAUGACUCUCGUUCGUGAAGUGCCUCUGGAGUCGGAGAGUAGGAAACGGGUUGUGGUAGUUGGGCUUGGCAUGGUGGGAAUUGCGUUCAUGUUAGUUUUCAACUAUGCGGUUACGUCUAACACUCGCCGGAGUGAAAAGCUUCUAAAGCUCGACGCGAAGAGGAGAGUAUAUGACGUGGUCGCCAUCGGAGAAGAGCCCCAUCUAGCGUACAAUCGGGUGGGCCUUACCAGCUAUUUCCAACACCGAGAGAUUGAACGGCUGUAUAUGAAGUCAGAGGAAUGGUACAAAUCGAUGCCAAGCGGAUCGCUCGAUUAUCAUUUGCAUACCGUUGCAACAGAUAUCGACACAGAAAAUAAGAGAGUGACAACGAACCGCGGUGACAAGGUUGACUAUCAUGUGUUGAUCAUAGCCACUGGCUCUACGGCCAUUCUCCCACGCGCUAUACCUGGGUAUAACGCGACGGGAGUCUUUGUCUAUCGGACCAUUGAAGAUCUUCAAAACCUCAUCUCUUUUUCCUCUGCGAAAAAAGGUCAGGGUCAGAAGGGAAUUGUAAUUGGAGGAGGCCUUCUUGGCUUGGAGGCUGCAAAAGCAAUGUUGGAUUUAGAGGUGUAUGAGAAAGUCACGGUGGUUGAGGCGAUGCCGUAUGUGCUUGGUCGCCAGCUAAACAGUGACUCGGGAAUGAUGGUGGUUGAGCAGGUGAAAAAUUUAGGCGUCGAUGUUGUUCUAGGGAAGAUGGUCAGCAAGCUGACCAUGGCUAUUGACGGCACCGUGACUGGAGUCCAAUUCAAGGACGGUGAUGAAAUCGAGGGCACGUGCGUAUGUUUCGCGAUCGGGGUCAGAGCUAGGGACGACUUGGCCAAGAAAUCGGGCAUCCAAUGCCACGAACGAGGGGGCAUCCGCGUUGGUGACGACCUACAGACCACAGCAAAGGAUGUGUAUGCUAUCGGCGAGUGCGCGAACUGGAAGAACAUGUGCUACGGCUUAGUUGGCCCGGGCUACGAGAUGGCUGAUCUCCUUGCCUUCAAUUUGACCGAAGGAAUGACCCACCGAAAGCCAAAAUCCUUCACAGAGCCUGAUAUGAGUACCAAAUUGAAGCUCUUGGGGAUCGAAGUUGCCAGCUUUGGAGACUGCUUCGCAGAUGAAUUCGGUCCGAAGUGGUUACCCGACAAAUCUUCAGGAUCAGAUAGGAAAGAUCAAGUCAAGGCCCUGACUUACAAUGAUCCAUUCGAAAACAUCUACAAAAAGUAUCUGUUUACGUUGGACGGAAAAUAUUUACUUGGCGGAAUGAUGAUGGGCGACGCAAAAGACUACGCAAAGCUCUUGGCUAUCACCAAGCAGCACAAACAGCUUGACACCCCUCCAGGGGAAUUGAUAAUUGGCAAACCAGGAGGCGAUGAGGCGAUCGAUACCCUGCCCGAUGAUGCACAGAUAUGCUCUUGCAAUAAUGUCACCAAAAAGGACAUUACUACCGCCAUCAGAGAGGGCUCAUGUAAGAGCAUUGGCGAUGUAAAAUCAUGCACCAAAGCUGGAACAAGCUGCGGCGGGUGCUUGCCUCUGGUCCAAACCAUUGUCAACAAAACCAUGGCUGAGAGUGGUGAGGCAAUCCAAAAUCACCUCUGUCCUCAUUUCAAGCAUUCUCGAGCAGAUCUCUUCUACGCGGUGAUGGUAAAGAGGCUUGAAUCAUUUGAAGCUAUCAUGAGUGAAUAUGGCACACCAAGUUCUCUUGGAUGUGAGGUUUGCAAGCCAGCGAUUGCUUCGAUUCUGGCAUCGCUGUUCAACAAGCAUAUUCUUGAUCCUAGCCGAAAGGGUCUUCAGGAAACAAACGACAAAUUUCUUGCUAAUAUCCAACGAAACGGUACCUUCUCUGUUGUUCCUCGGGUUCCGGGUGGCGAGAUCACCCCGAAGAAGCUGGCUGUGAUUGCUCGGGUUGCGGAGAAGUACAACCUCUACUGUAAAAUUACAGGAGGCCAAAGAAUCGAUAUGUUCGGCGCUCGAAAGCAGAAUCUUCUUGCUAUUUGGACUGAAUUGAUCGAAGAGGGCGGACUUGAGAGCGGACACGCCUACGCUAAGGCGUUGCGAACGGUGAAGAGCUGCGUUGGCACAUCAUGGUGCAGAUUUGGGAUUGGAGACUCCGUCGGUAUGGCAAUUCGCAUCGAGAACCGCUACAAGAGCAUUCGGGCACCGCAUAAAAUUAAGGGAGCAGUUUCUGGGUGCGUGCGAGAGUGUGCAGAGGCUCAGAACAAGGACUUUGGGUUAGUCGCAACGGAGAAGGGAUUCAACAUUUUUGUUGGCGGAAACGGAGGAGCUCAACCCCGACACUCGGAACUGUUAGCCAAAGAUGUUCCCGUUGACGACGUGCUCCCCAUCCUGGAUCGGUACCUAUCUUUCUAUAUUCGUACCGCGGACCGCCUCCAACGGACUGCAAGAUGGAUUGAAGGACUUCCAGGGGGUAUACAAUACCUACGCCAAGUGAUCCUAGACGAUAAGCUUGGGAUCUGCGCUGAAUUGGAGGGACAAAUGGAGGAGCUCGUUUCCUCUUAUUUCUGUGAAUGGACCGAGACGAUCAAAAACCCUGAGCGACGGAAGCAGUUCCAGCAGUUCGCCAACGUUAACGAAACUGUUGACUGGGUGGAACCAAUAACAGAACGCGGGCAACAGCGUCCUUCAAACUGGCCGAAAGAAUCCAUCAAGGCCGACUUCAACAUAGCGUGGAGCAGCUUGUCCUGGCAGCCGCUUGUGGAGGCUUCAAAAUUUCAAGACCUUCCCACCGGUGACAGUCAACAAGUGAAGCGCGGAGGAACUCAGCUUGCUAUUUUCAAAGUCCGUGGCAAAUACUACUCCACUCAGCAAAUGUGUCCACACAAACGCGCAUUCGUGUUGUCUGAUGGGCUUAUUGGCGAAGGGGACAACAAGCUCUGGGUUUCAUGUCCGCACCACAAACGCAACUUCGAACUAUCAGGGCCUGAGGCCGGAAAGUGCGGAAAUGAUGAUAUGAACAUCUCCACCUUCGCAGCUGAAGAGAGGGAGGAUGGAUGGAUAUACGUCCAAUUACCUCCUGUUGAUGAGCUCGACCGAGCGCUAGGCACAGAAAGAUGGAAAGUUCGGGCUGGACAGACUCCAGGGCAAUUGGACAAACUGGACGAUAUUCUCAAAAUGAAAACCGGCAGAAAAGGUGAAAGGAUAGUCGCCAAUCUUAGGGCGAGUGCAGCUUGCAUUCCGAACGGCCACGAUACCUUAGAUUGGUGAUUGCAUUUAGGCAGUCUUCUGGAUAUUGACAUCC